AUGGCUUUAGGCUUUCGCCUUUUCUUACUUAUCCUUUUCGCAACUUAUGUCGCUGCGGCAGACGAUGCCGAGUUUGCCUUCAACCUGCUGUCGGAUAUUGCUCCGAUUCUUGCCUUAUUUGGAGAUCAAUUUGCAAGACAAUUCACAAGUGAGAGUCUCACAUGGGUCGAUCACUUUAUUUUCGCCAUGGUACCGCUUGGUAUCAUAACCGCAAUCACCGGAGCCAUCCGAGUUCAAGGCAUGCCGUUAGCAAGAGCUUUCAUCGGCCGAGCCAGGGAGAAUCGGGCACUGGUAGAGAUCGAGUUAAUGUCUUCAACAUCCGGUGAGGUUUGUGAGAUGUUUAACGGGAGCUCUAUCGUUCGCGCUAUGGGCGACCCCAAGAUUGCACAAUUUCUCAUUUUCCCGAAAAUGUACGAUGAUCUUGAAAAGGAUUUCAAACCGUUUGACCAAGAUUUAAAGAACGGUUCGACAGUCGAUAAGCCUAAAGACACGUGCGGUAUCUACUCUCUGGAAGAGGCUGAGAAGUCUAAAUUACUUUAUCGUAAUGAGUAUCGUGGUAAAGGUUCUAUCUUCUUUCAAGACCUAUGGCCACCUACAAGGCGGCUCGGUCAAUUUUGCUUACAAUGGCUGUGUGAUAAAUUCAAUAGGGUUUCAAGAGCCAGCACUCCCACAGUGACUGACGUGGAGAGCGUGCGACGGCAUGAUACUGUCGACUUCGGUUCACCACCAAAGAGCAGCAACCCACGUUUACCUGCUGUUUCACCGCCAAAGAGAAGCAAUCAACGUUUACAUGCUGUUGACGAGCGGAUAUUUCUCAUGCCACCAAAUAUUCAACUGAAUCUCUCAUCAGACCAUUUCGAUCCAACGCGGAUGCACAAAGGCGGCGAGAUCUUUUUAGCAGCGAUGAUCGGCUUUUUUCUACAAACCGGCUUAAUCGCUAUCGCGGCAGUGACCGCGUCUCGUCUCAAUUCCAGCUCGUCCGGUUUUCUUCAAUCUAGUGUAUAUGGAUUCCCAUGCUAUGCUGCAGGAUCCCUUCUCUUAUGCCUUGGCACUGGACUUUGCUCACUUAUUGUUGAGCACAGUACUGACGAGCACUCUUGGGAGUUCUGUGACAAGGACGUGGACAAGAAGAAUGCACCGCGCAUCUUAUGGCUUCAACAAAAGCAGAAGGUCAACGAUCAGUCUUUCAAUGGCUAUGUCAUCUCAUCUGGUCCAAAACGUCGGGUCAUUACUUCGAGUAGGAGAGAUGCAGGCAGGGAGUACUUGUGGGAGGUGCUGACUAUAGGAGCGGCUCUUUCGGCAGGUCUAGGAUUUACAGCUCAGUUUAUGGGCCUCCGCGGUCUUGCAUUUCCAUGCUCCAUUGCCCAACUUGGUGCUAUAUUUAUUAUGGCUCUCGUUCGGGCUGCUAUACGGAGGCGUCUCGGACAAGAUGUUGAGAAUUGUGAUGCCUCUCAGUGGUACGAAAUUGACUUCCUCGCAGCUAGGAUCGUGUUAAACCCCGAGGGGAGAGUCUUCAAUAAUCGACCACCCAAAAAGAAAACGUCAAGGUCAGCCAAAGGGAAAGCACCACAGCCUAAAGAUUAUUUUGUGUGGAAGAUAAACACACCAGAUCUACAAGACACCAGUCCAUUUCUUGUACCCCUGGAACCUGAGGCAGCCACUGAUCUCAAUGUCCCCAGAAUUGUGAACCCUGGCUCUCAAUCACUUCAAAAUCCCUCUGCAAUGGGUCCGAUCAUCAAAGAACCAACUAGCCAACAGCUACUGCGGGUCAGGAAAAGAGUCGGCGAUUUAACAAAGUGGAAAACAAGAUCUUCAGCCUGUGCUAUCGCCCUUGUCCAGUCUAUCCGACUUGUAUUGGAUACCUUUCCACCAGUCUCUAAGGACAAAUCGGAGCCAUUGAUGUCUUUAACAUGGCUGCUUAAGGUUACCUUUUCCCAGUCCACUGAAAGGCAAGAUUUAAUCAAGAUUCCCAUAAUACGAAACAAGUCGAGCAACAAGUCGAGCAAUAAGUCGGGCUACAAUUGGGAACUUGAUGCUGGCCUAAUAGAUGCUGCCUUAUCACUGUGGAUGGCAAGCAUCGACGGUAAAAAGCCCAAAACGACGGACAAAACCGAUGGGCAAAAGCCACCACUGAACCGCAAGAAAGAUGACGGCCCAGGAGAGACCAUGCCUCCGUCUACGACAGAUUGGAGAUUCAGCAAGGACGACGAUACUCUCAAGUACAGCUUCUACCGCAUCAUCGGAGAUAAUCUGGAAGAUGGCGUUCUCAAGCGAGACAUAUCGUGGUGGGCCGAUAGUCUUCACCCCAGGGAAAAUAAGCCAGGGCACGGUGUGACAGAAGAUGAGGAGCUCGUCAUAGGAUUCAACGGCAUCAACUCCGAUGAUGUGAUCGAUGAGCUUAGUGUCAGCGCUGAGGGUUCUCUACCUCAGAUUCUGGCCCAGCAUCUUUUUACAAGUUUCAUGUGGACUGUCGCUAAACACUUGUCGAAAGAUUGUCUCAAUCCAAUAGCUGACCAGACCCAAAAAGAAGUCGAGAUAGAAGGAGCUCAUACAUUCGAAUCCUACAGUUUAGAGCAAACCUGGCCGACGCUUAGGCUGCGUCAUCGUUGUCCCACAGAAUUGGUGCGCAAAAUUGAAUCCUUCGGCAUGGGUAGGACUCGCGACAUUCUUUUAUGUAUGAUUCCGGCACUCAGCUACAUGAAAAUUCUUCCCAAUCAAGCAGUCUUAAAGCUUAUACCUCGCGUGGGACCUGGACGUGGAUGGGCUGAAACGGCCAGCUGCCACCGGAAACUCCUCGAAGCGAUGCAAAAAGACAAAAACAGCGUUAAGGAUAGACUUCAUGUCGGUAUAGUCAUCGCCACGAUGGAUUUCCUAUACUUUGCCUUUGAGCCUUAUGGUAAACAUGUUAAACUCCCAACAGAUCUCACGAAUGAACUCGGUGACAUAGUAGAGAGUCUCUGCUCACCUACAUUCGCUGACAUCAUGGAGAAACUAGUCCCAGUCUACUGUCGACAGUGCCGCCAAUCCACCUUUAUGGACAUCUUUGGCCGCUUUGAACAAAUGCAAGAAGUAUCUAAUUACAUUCAGAAAUUUGGUAUUGAGUUAAAGCUGGAUCAGACGUUUGCGAAAGGUACUCUUGGUUUCAACGAGUAUCACAAGCGCGCCAUGGAAGGAGAUACCAGAUAUCUGGAUCUUAAGCAGAACGAUCAUUCUGCUUUCGCGCAAGAUAUUUUUGGUUGGACACCAUAUCAUUAUAUGUCUAUCAGGAAAGACGACGAGGUCUUACGAAUCGUCAUGAAAUGGUCCGACAGAGUGAAGCAGAGGUUACCGAAGCUUCUUUGCUCUUACUCUCGAAACCCCAUACACCUGGCUGCUCUCAAAGGACUUGAAACCAACCUUGAGGUAAUGCUUCAAAAUCUCAGCAAUGAAAUGAGAAGGCAUGUGUUACAAACAGGCGGCAUUGAUGGAAUGACACCUCUCCAUCUAAUUGCGAAAUGUGGCUAUGUUACUUGUCUCGAUUCGGUAACCCUAAGAGGUGAAAUCCCGUCACUUCUGACAAAGAAGGACAUCUGGGGUCGACAAGCACUUCAUAUAGCGUCGAGUUCGGGUCUUGAAAAGAUCUGCGUCAAGCUUUUGGAGAUGGGUGCACGUUCCGACCAACUGGACGACGUUGGGAAGUCCUCUGUUGAUUACUUCGUGGAAAGCAAGAGAACGAACAAUGAAAAAGAUACUACACAGAGCGAUGGUGCCCUUACGAAAGAUGGCCAAACUUCAACUGAACGAAAAGUCUCGAAAGCAUCAUACUUGAACAAGGAUGGAAACGAAACUUUCUUAAAAUUUGCCAUGAAGGGUCCUGACUGUCGCUACGGCCAUGGACGAACCUUCCUUCAUAAUGCCGUCGAGCUUGCGGACCUAGACACUGUUAGAUCCCUUCUCCAUCUUAAGUUCGAUCUCGAAGCCCGAGACGAUAACUGCCGGACUCCGUUACAUUACGCAAUCCUAGCGGGUAGAGAGGAUAUGGCCAAGGAACUCAUCAACGGGGUUCAUCUCUGUGCGGGAGACAAGGGAGAAGAAAAGCAUUUUGAUGGUGCUAAUGUAGCGGCCAUUGACUCUCAGGGCACCACGACACUCAUGUUCGCUGUCAGGGAGAGCCUGAAGGACGUUGCAGAGGCUCUGCUAUCCGGAGAAAAGUGCGUUGACAUUGACAAACGUGACAGUGAUGAAAAGACCGCUUUAUUUUAUGCUACUGAUCGAGAAAUGGCUAAGCUUCUGGUGGACAAGAAAUGCGAUACAACAGUAAGAAACCUGGGUGGCAGAACCAGUCUACAUAUGGCAAUCGGUAUGCAACAAGAAGACAUCGCCUUAUACCUGUUGCAACUCUCAGUUCCGAACCAGAUUCAAACCGACCCAUUGGACAAGGAGGGGGAGUCUCUGCUCACCACGGCAUGUCGUAGUGGGCUGUCUGCACUUAUCAGGCCGAUUCUUGAAAGGUGGAGUAGCCUCCUCGACAAAGCGGACAGCGAGUACGACCAAUCCCCCUUGGCUUGGGCCUGUGAGCUGGGACACACAAGCGUUGUCGAGGAAUUGCUCACUUUCAAAGUCGAUGUAAAUCGGCCCGCCUCCAAGUGGGGCAACUUCACUCCUCUUCACAUAUGUGUUAUAAGUGACAAAAUUGAAACUUUAAAUCAUCUUCUCGAUCACAACAAGAUCGAUCUUAGCCUGGCAGAUGAAUGGGAUCGAACAGCAUUAGACAUUGCCGUCAGUUACGAACGUAUAACUGCGCUUCGGAAGUUACUACUACAUGAUCAGACGGUCUUUUCGCAAAGGGUCGAGGUUUUGAAAGGACUGGUCUUGGCAUCUACCAAAGGUGGCUCCAAAGAAAUGAUUGCUAUUGUUUCUGACGGCCUCAAGAGCAUCAGAGACAAAGAACUGAUAUUCAAAUUUCUCGUUUGGCUCGUCAGCGGCGGAACACCACAAGAGACUGAAGAACCCAAAACAAUGGAAGGAACAACAGCAGAUGCGCAGGAGAUUGCCGAAACUGAUGGACUAUUACCAGUGGCAGAUGAUGUCGAGGAAACGGAAAGAGUAUCGGGAGAUGCCAGGGAAGUCCAGGAUCAAAGAUCUAUGGCAGUAUUCCUCGCUCCACUGGCGACAUACAUCUUCAAAAAGGAUUGGGAAUGGAUAGAAAAUCCAUACGACUUGUUGAUGUUGCUCAGCGAUGAUCAACUUCGAGAAACAGUCAGGGGACAGCAGUUCAAUCCCAUGGGACUUGACAGCGAUGGAUGGUCCUGUUUCGAUUACAUCGAGCGUUUCGACCGCAAAGGCGUAAUGGGAAGCCUUUUCGGCCACUUGAAGCAAUCUGAAACCCAGACGGUACAAAAGCCAGCGGCUCUUUCAUGGGUCGAAUACGAAGAGAGCAUCAGAAUCCACCCCUGUGCCUCCCACGGGGGAACCGGCAAGCCCCCAACGUCGGAUAGCUGCAAUCAAGUACAUGGAAUCGAGGUCGUUGGGGCUUCCGACGAAUACUACAGAGCAUGUAUAAGAAGCGAACACUGUAUUCCUCCAUCUUCAAAGGGCUUCUACUUCGAAGUAGAUGUUCUUGAAAAUUCAUGGUCAGGGAUCAUAUGUAUUGGCUUUUGCGGUGUUGAUACCGGUUACGGCGACUGCCCAGGUUGGUUCACACGAUCUUGGGCCUAUCACGGUGAUGAUGGGAAAUUAUUCAUCGAAAGGCUCAACGGGAUUAUCCCAAGCGAUGAUUUUGGGGUUUUCGGCACCUUUGGUAAAGGAAGUACCGUAGGUGCAGGCUUAGACAUGACGACAGGUCAGGGGUUUUGCACGUUGAAUGGAAAGAGAUUGAACAUGGGAAACGCCUUUGAGCCACGUGAUAAGAGAUUCUUGUUUGCAAAGCUGUAUCCUUGUGUCGGGUUCGAUUUAACUGAAGGGGGCACAGGACUCCGCCUUCGAGUCAACCUGGACCAAUCAACUAGUCAUCCCUUCAAAUAUGCAAGGCCCUCCAACUCUGACUGA